AUGUUCUUGUUCACAGAUCACACCAUCCAGUCUGUUUUCUGCUGCUGCUGCUGCUGCACAGUGCAAAAAAGAGCGAUGAGAACAAAAACAAACCUGGACCCUGGUAGUGGCGUGGGGAGCCAGUACUCAGCCUCACAACCAGAUGUUUCCUAUGCGUCUUCUUGGAAGUGCAGGCAUACGAAGAAAUUGCAGUCAAAGAACAAGCCAUUACCUCCUCUACCUCCCGAAGCCUUGGAAGACUAUUCAAAAAAACCCAGAGUUAUUGCACUCUAUGACUUUUUUGCCCGAGGACCAUUGGAUUUAACACUCAAGAAGUCAGAAGAAUACAUUAUCCUCGAACAGUAUGAUCCUCACUGGUGGAAGGCAAGAGACCAACAUGGAAAUGAAGGUCUAAUUCCCAGCAACUAUGUUACUGAGAACAAGAAGAAUAAUUUAGAAACAUAUGAGUGGUACUGCAAAAACAUAAAUAGAAGCCAGGCAGAACUUCUCUUGCACCAGAAGUCAAAAGAAGGUGCAUUUCUUGUCAGAAAUUCAAGCCAACAGGGACUUCUCACGCUGUCCAUGUAUUCACAGGCUAAAGGAAACCAUAGUGGAAACAUUCGACAUUAUCAAAUUAAGAAAAACCACUUGGGACAAUAUUAUGUAGCAGAAAGAUAUGUCUUUUCAUCUGUUCCUGAACUCAUCGAGUAUCACCAACACAACGCUGCAGGUCUUAUCACUCGUCUCCGACAUCCAGUUGGAUGUACUUCACCAGCAACAGCAGGAUUUAGUUAUGGGGAGUGGGAAUUAAACCCAUCUGAACUGACAUUCAUGAAAGAACUUGGGCGUGGGCAGUUUGGAGUUGUCCAGCUUGGUAAAUGGAAAGCGACCAUCAAGGUGGCCAUCAAAACAAUCAAUGAAGGUGCAAUGUCGGAAGAUGAUUUCAUCGAGGAGGCUAAAGUGAUGAUGAAACUCUCCCACCCAAAGCUGGUCCAGCUUUACGGAGUGUGCACACACCACAAGCCUCUCUACGUUGUGACCGAAUUCAUGGAAAACGGGUGCCUGCUCAACUACCUUUGGCAAAGGCGAGGGAAGCUCAGCAGAGACGUUCUGUUGAGCAUGUGCCAGGAUGUGUGCGAAGGGAUGGAAUACCUGGAAAGAAACAGCUUUAUUCACCGUGAUUUAGCUGCAAGAAACUGUUUAGUCAACGCUGAGCACAUCGUUAAAGUAUCCGACUUCGGGAUGGCGAGGUAUGUCAUCGAUGAUGAAUAUAUCAGCUCUUCAGGUGCCAAGUUUCCAGUUAAAUGGUCAUCUCCUGAAGUCUUUCAUUUCAAAAAAUAUAGUAGCAAAUCAGAUGUCUGGUCAUUUGGUGUACUGAUGUGGGAAGUUUUCACAGAAGGCAAAAUGCCUUUUGGAAAUAAGACAAACUCUGAAGUUUUCCAUGAGAUUUCUCAGGGUAACCGACUCUAUCGACCACAUUUGGCAUCACAGACUUUGUAUAAAGUCAUGUACAGCUGCUGGCACGAGAAACCUGAAGGACGUCCUACUUUUGCAGAGUUAACAGAAACCCUUGCAGCUAUAACAGAGAUGGGAUAA